AUGGCUACUGCUUAUUAUAUUAAAGCAUAUUAUACAAAACCAAAUCAACAACAAGAAAUUCGUCGUUUUACACUUGAUAUUUCUCCAGAAAACAAUGUUUAUAAUGAAUUACAAACAAAAGUUGCAUCAUAUCUACCAAAUGAUCAAUUAAAAGAUAUUAUUCUUCAAUAUACUGAUGAAGAAAAUGAACAUAUUACAUUUAGUUCAGAUGAUGAAUUACGUUCAGCUAUUGCCUUAAAUAAAGAUACAAAAACUUUAAAAGUUUAUGUUACAAUUGAUCAAACAAUUCCUCAGCAACAACAACAGCAAGAUAGCACAACUAACAAAGAAUGUCAUGUUGGUGUUCAAUGUGAUGGUUGUAAUGGUUCAGUUAUAGGUUUUCGUUAUAAAUGUUUUGUUUGUCCAGAUUAUGAUUUAUGUGAAAAAUGUUCAUCGGCUGGCAUUCAUUCUGAACAUAAUAUGAUUAGAAUAACAAAACCAGGCAGUUUUCAUCAUCCGUAUGGUCAUCAUCAUCAUCAUCAUCAUCGUCAUAUGCCUCCGCCGCCACCACCACCACCAUUACCAUUUAUACCAACUCAAGAUUAUCUUGAAAAAAUUCAAGCACAAAUUCCUCAAUGGUUACCAAAUCAUCCAAAUACUGCUCAUUUUCGAGCUCAUAUGCAGCAACAUUUUGAUUCAGUAAAAGCAAAUACUCAAACACACAUGCAAAAUUCAAAACAAUAUCUUGAAAGUGUUGGACAAUAUUUACAACAAGCAUUAUCACCAUUUGGUAUUGAUUGUGAUUAUCAUGUUGAUGAAGCAAAAUCAACAACAACAACAAAUCAACACGAAGAACCAGUUUCAACAACAACAAAUCAACAUGAAGAACCAGUUUCAACAACAACAGAUCAACAACAAGAAGAACAACUUUCAACAACGAACACUAUUUUUACAACAGACUCAGAUGUUACAUCAAAUUCUUCAGUUUUAACACAAAUUAAUAAUAAUGAAGAACAAACUGCAAGUUCAAUAAUACCACCCGUUGAAAAUUCAACUAAAAUAAGAACUCCAUUAGAACAAGCUAUUGAUGAAUGUAUGGAAAGAAUGAAAGCCAUGGGUUUUAUUGAUGCUAAUGGAGCAUUAUGUGAACUUAUUCGUUCAAAACAAGGCGAUAUUAACUUAGUUCUGGAUGCAAUUAAUCCACGACAUUAUCAAACAUAA